AGGUUCUAAUUGAUUACAUUACACACAUGAAAAUGAGGAAGGAAACCCAGCAUAAGAAAGCAGAACAACACUUGCUUCACAUGCUCUUCAUGGACUGUACUGAUGGCUGCUUCAAUCAGAAGACACUGAGCGCAGUGUCCUUCCAAACACAGCUGACCCUGGAAACCAUGAACACCACAGUGAUAAAGGGCUUCAAUGGGUCUGAGCGGUGCCCCAGGGACACACGGAUAGCACAGCUGGUGUUCCCAGUCAUCUACACCAUCGUUUUCUUCACAGGCAUCCUGCUGAACACCUUGGCCCUGUGGGUGUUCAUUCACAUCCCCAGCUCCUCCACCUUCAUUGUCUACCUCAAAAAUACUUUGGUGGCCGACUUGAUAAUGACGUUCACGCUUCCAUUUAAAAUCCUCUCUGACUCACACCUUGGACCCUGGCAACUCAAGGCCUUUGUGUGUCGUUUCUCUGCGGUCAUCUUUUACGAGGCCAUGUAUGUGGGCAUCACAUUGCUAGGCUUCAUAGCCUUUGAUAGAUUCCUAAAGAUCAUCAGGCCCUUUGGAAAAUAUUUUGUACAAAAACCUGCUUUUGCGAAAAUGAUCUCGACCUUCGUCUGGCUCUUUUUGUUCCUCAUCUCUCUGCCGAAUAUAAUCUUGAGCAAUAAGGAAGCAACACCAUCAUCUGUGAAAAAGUGUGCCUCCUUAAAGGAUCCGCUGGGGUUGAAAUGGCAUCAAGUGGUGAACUACAUAUCCCAGUUCAUUUUCUGGACUGUUUUUGUCCUAAUGCUUCUGUUUUAUGUGGUGAUUGCAAAAAAAGUAUACAACUCUUACAGAAAGGCCAGAAGUAAGGACAGCAAACACACCACAAAGCUGGAAGGUAAAGUGUUUGUUGUUGUGGCUGUAUUCUUUGUGUGUUUUGCUCCAUUUCAUUUUGCCAGAGUUCCCUACACUCACAGUCAAAUUAACAAUAAGACUGACUGCAGGCUGCAAAAUCAAUUGUUUAUAGCUAAAGAAACAACCCUCUUUUUGGCAGCAACUAACAUUUGCAUGGAUCCCAUAAUAUACAUAUUCUUAUGUAAAAAGUUCACAGAAAGGCUACCAUGUAUGAGAGGGAGGAAGAUCACGUCAUCAACCCAAGAAAAUCGUACUAUCCAGACAGACAAUAUAACCCUAGGCUGAUAACUUUAUUCUGGUUACCUAAUAUUUAAUAGGUAAAAUUUCAAAAGUCAAUUUGGAAAUAAAGUUUAAGCAAGGAAAAAAGGAUGGAGCAAAUU